AUGGCCUUUGGGAUAAUUUUAAAAACUAGAAGUCAGAAGUCUCUGGGUUCAGGCAUAGUUUGCAGCAACUUGGCUAAACGCACCAAGAAGGUUGAUAUCAUGGGUAAAUACGAGACCUGUUAUGGUGCUUCCCUCAGGAAAAUGGUGAAGAAGAUUGAAAUAAGCCAGCACGCCAAGUACACGUGCUCCUAUGGCAACACCAAGAUGAGAAAACGAGCUGUGGGGAUCUGGCAUUGUGGCUCCUGCAUGAAAACCAUCACUGGUGGUGCCUGGACCUACAACACCACUUUUGCCAUCACAGUAAAGUCCGCCAUCAGAAGACUGAAGGAGUUGAAAGACCAGUAGAAGUUCCACCAUUCGAAACAUUGCUAGCCUAUAAUAAAUGGGUUAAUUUAUGUAACAACAACAACCACAAAGCUAGAAGGCAGAGUGAAAAUGAGAAACCUAACUUCGGGUGAUGCUCCUACAAUCUAAUCAGUAUUAGGAUUGACAAAAGGGCCAGCGCCCUUUGGCCUAAUCCCCAGUUGGGGAUCCAAAGACCAUAUACACAGGAGUGGGAAAAUGGACAGGGAGUGAAGGAGAGACUUUUCUGGGAACUGUCAUUGGCAUGAGCCUAAUAUAAUGUGAUCCAAAGCCUGUUGGUGAAGUCCUAAGGGGAGCUACAUUUAGGUUGGGAAGAUGUGGGAAUGCUGUGUUUGAUGGUAUUAA